AUGAAAAGCGUCUUCAUUAUUUUGCUUAUUCUUUCCAUUCAUUUUGGAAACCAAGUGGAAAUGUUAGAGGCAAAAGAAUGUAACAAAGUUGUAGCUGGUUUAUGUCGCAAGUCUGGAAGGAGUGUUCAAUGCAAAAUACAAUGCAAGGCAUUAUGUGGAUCAUUUUCUGCACGUGGAGAAUGUGGAAAAGACAAAGAUUGCCAUUGUAGUUGUUGUUAA